CUUCUGACAGCUGGAGAGGUCUUGAGUAGAUCACAAGUUCUUUUUCUUGCUGCAGGCUAGGUGUCAGUUGGAUUUGGCAUGGAGGAGAAAGCGCUCCUGCUGUUCUGCCGCUGACUCCCCAGGCUCUGACCUACUAAAGCAGUUCCAAAGAUAACCAAAGAUCUUAAAAAAUGUAAAUAGUGUCUAUGAAGACAUAGUAGAGGACGUACCACCAUGGAUCGGGUGAUGACCCGCUGCCACUACCAAGGCUGGAUGAAAGUGAUUGAUAUGAGCGGUUCGUCUGUGCACUGGAUUUCUCGUGGGCAGCCGCUGAUGGAGCCCGUGAGCUGGAAGGUGAAGCUUUGCCUCCUGACUAAAUGUGAGCUGGUGCUGUUUGACAAAGCAGAGAUCAGCUGGUUACCCCUGGGAGAGCGACCAGCCGAGUUGUGCACAAUGUGGCUCCUGAGACAUGACCCCAGCACCUCAAAACAACGACAGCUGUGUAAGGAUAAGAGCACCCAAACCCCACAUAGAAAGUCACCCUCUGAACGGUUGGGCCGUCGGCGCAGCAUGCCUGGCACCACCACAAUGGAUAAAGCUUCAUCCACAAUUGAGGAGGCCUCCUCUGCAGCCCUGAGAGUCACGGGCUUCCUGAGUCGAAGGUUGAAAGGCUCCAUCAAACGCACCAAGAGCCAACCCAAGCUCGACCGAAACAGCAGCUUCAGGAACAUCCUCCCGGCCUUCAAGAACGCCGACAAUGACAGAUCCCAUCUGAUGCCGAGGCUGAAAGAGUCGAGGUCUCACGAGUCGUUGCUCAGUCCCAGCAGUGCAGUGGAAGCUCUGGAUCUCAGUAUGGAGGAGGAAGUGCUCAUCAAACCCGUGCACAGCAGCAUCCUAGGCCAGGACUUCUGUUUCGAGGUAACUACAUCAACAGGAAGUAAAUGCUUCUCUUGUCGGUCGGCAGCAGAGAGAGAGAAAUGGAUGGAGAAUCUCAGGCGAGCCGUGCAUCCCAACAAGGACAACAGUCGUCGGGUGGAGAACAUGCUAAAAUGUUGGAUUAUUGAAGCCAAGGACUUGCCUGCCAAGAAAAAGUACUUCUGUGAACUGUGUCUCGAUGACACGCUUUACGCUCGGACUACCUGCAAGCUCAAAACGGACAAUGUUUUCUGGGGCGAACACUUCGAAUUCAACAACCUGCCAUCGGUCAAGAGCAUCACUGUGCACCUGUACAAAGAAACAGACAAGAAGAAGAAGAAGGACAAGAACAAUUAUGUGGGGCUGGUCAACAUCCCUGUUGCUGCUGUGACGGGACGGCAGUUUGUGGAGAAGUGGUACACGGUGAGCACUCCUAACCCCAGCAAGGGCAAAGCCCCGGGGCCCAUGGUGCGCAUGAAAUGUCGCUACCAGAGUAUGAGCAUCCUCCCCAUGGAGCAGUACAAAGAGUUUGCUGAGUACAUAACCAACAACUACAUGCUCCUCUGUUCAGUCCUUGAGCCAGCAAUCAGUGUCAAGAGCAAGGAGGAGAUGGCAUGUGCACUCGUGCAUAUUCUUCAAAGCACCGGCAAGGCAAAGGACUUCCUGACAGAUCUGAUGAUGUCUGAGGUCGAUCGAUGUGGCGACAAUGAGCACCUGAUCUUUCGGGAGAACACGUUGGCUACCAAAGCCAUUGAGGAAUAUCUAAAACUGGUAGGCCAGAAGUACCUGCAGGACGCUUUAGGCGAGUUUAUCAAAGCGCUGUAUGAAUCAGAUGAAAACUGUGAAGUGGAUCCAUCGAAGUGCUCCUCCAGUGACCUGGCUGAGCACCAAGGCAAUCUGAAGAUGUGCUGUGAGCUUGCUUUCUGCAAGAUCAUCAACUCCUACUGUGUUUUCCCACGUGAGCUGAAGGAGGUGUUUGCGUCCUGGAGGCAAGAGUGCAGUAACCGCGGCCGGCCAGACAUCAGUGAGCGUCUGAUCAGUGCCUCGCUCUUCCUGCGCUUUCUGUGUCCUGCUAUCAUGUCCCCGUCGCUUUUCGACCUCAUGCAGGAAUAUCCUGAUGACCGCACGGCACGCACGCUCACCCUCAUCGCCAAGGUCACACAGAACCUCGCCAACUUCACCAAGUUUGGCAGUAAGGAGGAGUACAUGUCCUUCAUGAACCAGUUUCUGGAGCACGAGUGGACCAACAUGCAACGCUUUCUGUUGGAAAUAUCCAACCCAGAGACCAUCUCCAACACAGCAGGCUUCGAGGGCUACAUUGACCUAGGCCGAGAGCUUUCCACACUCCACUCGCUUCUGUCUGAGGCUGUCGCUCAGCUCGAUCAGAGCACAGCAACUAAACUGGGACCUUUGGUAAGGAUCCUGAGAGACGUAAAUGUGGCCCUGACUAACCCCACUGGAGCGCCGCUAUCCUCCCCAACGGAGCGUGUGGGUUCUCCCAGCAUGCCCGGCUGCAGUGUUUCAACCGGUCUGCACAAGCUAGUCAUGGACUCAGAGCUCAGCGGGUUGGUGGAUUUUACCCGACUGCCCUCUCCAACUCCUGAGAACAAGGAUCUUUUCUUCGUGACCAGGGCCUCGGGAGUCCAUGCAUCUCCAGCUCGCAGCUCCAGCUACUCAGAAGCAAAUGAGCCAGACAUGCAGAUCUCCAAUGGCAGCAAGAGCCUGUCCAUGGUAGACCUACAGGACACCAGAAGUGUUGAAAGCAGCGUCAAUACAGUGUCCAGUGACCCUACUAAUGACACCCAGGCCACCGGGGCAUGGGUUGCCCGUACUCUAAAAAGUGGGACACCUGGAGGUCCUACCCUGAGGAAGAGUGGGCAAACACCAUCUACACCAGGCAUAGAGAGUGCACCAGGCCGGCCCCAGUUGUUAGCUCCUCUCUGCUUCCAGAACCCUGUGUACCAGAUGGCAGCUGCUAUGCCAGUGUCUCCACGUGGUACUGCUGAUUCAGGUUCAGAAUGCCAAAGCUCAACUGGCUCCCAGGGCAAUCCUGAGGAUGUUGGCACACUAGGGAUCAAGCCUACAUUUAUCACACAAGCUAGCAUGGGCACAGGGUCCGGAGGUGGAGGAGCAGGCGCAAGUAAUGGUGACGACUUUGCAAGACGCUCUGGCGAGUUUACACGAAGACAGAUGUCCCUCACAGAGACCCAGCACCAAUCCAAUGUCCCGAGACAGAACAGCACCGGCCCACAAAGACGGAUUGAUCAGCCUCCUCCACCCACAGUCACUCGAGGACGAACUCCACCCAGCAUGCUCAACACUGCCCCCUAUCCACGGCCCUCCAGUGGCAGCAUGAUGUCAUCAUCAUCUCCUGAUUGGCCCAGCAACGGAGCCAGGCUCAGGCAGCAGUCCUCAUCCUCUAAAGGAGACAGUCCCGAGACCAAACAACGCACACUGCACAAACAGGCCCCGUCUCCAGUGAAUCCCAGCGCUCUAGACCGCACUGCUGCAUGGCUGCUAAAUAUGAACGCUCAGUAUCUGGAGCAGGAGGGAAUUGACCCAGAUUCCAAACACAGGGAAGACCUCCUCAGCAAGGAUGAGCUCAGCCAAGCUGAAAAGUAUCAGCAUGAGAUCAGCAUGCUGCAGGAGCGUCUCCGGCUGGCCCUGAAGAAACUCGAGGAGUACGAGUCACGUCUGCAGGCCCAGGAUGAUCAAACGCAAAAGAUGCUGCUGGAGUAUCAGGCUCGGCUGGAGGACGCUGAGGAGCGACUGCGCAGGCAGCAGGAGGACAAAGAACUGCAGAUGAAAAGCAUCAUCACCAGGUUAAUGUCGGUCGAGGAGGAGCUGAAAAAAGACCAUGCAGAUAUGCAGGCCAUCGUUGACUCCAAACAGAAGAUCAUUGAAGCACAGGAGAAGCGAAUCACAUCCCUGGAUGCUGCGAACGCUCGUUUGAUGAGCGCUCUGUCUCAGCUGAAGGAACGCUACAGCAUGCAGACUCGCAACGGCAUCUCCCCCACCAACCCCAGCAAACUGCAGAUCACAGAGAACGGCGAGUUCCGCAACAGCAGCAACUGCUAACAAACGAACACAAAGGAGAAAAAAAACCCUGUCGGGUACAAGGGCUACGGGUAAACAUGAAGAAAAUAUAAACAAACAGUCGACAAAAUAUUCGGGACUCUAUGGACUACAACACUUGCUCCUAAAUGUAAAGGCAGGAGGUGUUUGGCCUGUAGAGUUCAAAUGAAAUGUGUGAAGGACAAGGUUUAGUCUGUUUUACAGGUGUUAGUAGUACAAAACAAGCAGGUGUGUGAAACCUAGCGAUCAGAUCGGCUUUUGUAGUAGACAUAACGUCUGUUGUACACUCGUUCACUUGCCUAUGUUUUUAUGAACAAGCAAAUGACAAACUGGAUGACUGGAGCCUGGUGGUUGUGCUCUUGAAUUUGAAAGUUUGCUAGAAGCACGCUAAUAAUACAAAUGUAUAUUGUUAUUAUUUUUAUUAUUUUUAUUAUUUUAUUAUUAUUUGGUAAAGCACUUUAUUUAAGUGUUUUUGAUUUAUAUGAUUUCUGGAAGGCCAA